CUGAGGCGAUAUAAUUAUUUCUUACGGGAAACACUAUCAAAUAGAAACUGGGCUAAAAUUUUAGAGAUUAUUAUUGUAUUUCAGUCACCAUCUGGUGAUCCUACACCGUCAGAAGCAUUUGGAUCACGGGAACGGCAGUCUUCGCAAGACAAAGAGAACAUACCGAAACGUGGCAAGGUUAAACAGACUACUCCACCGCCACCAUCAACAAGUACACCAGCAGUGGCGACGCCUCCACCAUCUUCGCCACCUCGGGAACCUACGCCACCCUCACUUGAUUACAAAUCACCAGAGCGUCCUACAGUUUCCGAAACUAAACCACCUUCGAAACCAGCGGAGCAGUCUAAGCCGUUUAACUCUAUAUAUAAUCAAGAUACAGAGUCAAAGUUAUUACGGUUAUUAUGCGGAAACGAAGACAGCGGGGCAGGCAUGAUCCCAGCACCUGCUCCUGUUAGUGAGGCGCCGGCGCCUCUAGUCAAUUGGCAAACGUUACUGGGUUUGUCACCGCAAACCACACCAAAUAACACAACGACAUCGUAUACUUCUCCAACAUUACAUCCACAAAUGACUCCACAAAAGUCACUAGUCACUACACCGCCACCAGGUCUUGGAGGAUUCACAUCAGAUGAUGAUCUUGGUUUUGACCCUUUCAAUGAAUCAUCUAAAGGUCUAGCACGAUUGCUUGAAGAGGAGGAGAAGGUUAAACAACCAACGUGA